GUUAUCACGUCGCGAAUUGUAAUAAAUUUUCCACGGCGGUCUGCGGCGUUUUUCUCAUUUUCGUUGUGUCUUCUGGUUUGUUGUCCUCCACAUGUCCGUGAUGCAAAAGUGCGUCAUGAUUCGGCGGACAGCAAACGCUAUACCGAUCAAUUACUACCAGAGGACUUGGUGUUCGACCAAAGCAGCAGCGCCGACAGAUGAAUUUCGUGUUUUGAACUUGAAGAAAAAAUUUGUUCCUCCACAAUCCAAAAAGAAAUAUACCAAAACCUUAUUGUUACCUCCUAGAGAAACAGCGAUGCCUGUUGAUCAAGAUUGGACUAAUGUAUGGCCAGGUCCAAAAACAUUUCAUCCAGCCUCAGUGCCUUUGGCUCUACGACAAGGGUAUGAUCAGAAAAGAGCACCACCAGGCAAAUAUGGUAAUGCUGAGCUAAUGAAAAUUCCUAAUUUCCUUCAUCUUACACCACCGGCUGUGAAAAAACAUUGUAGUGCUAUAAAAAAGUUUUGUACUGAAUGGCCGAAAGGGUUAGAAACAGAUGAAGAUUUCGAUAAACAUUUUCCUAUGACAAUAAUAACAACCGAUUACUGUCAUUCAUCGCCAACUAUUAAAGAUCCAAAAGCCAGAAUAGUUACUAUAAAAGUAAAAUUGAGCGCAUUCGAUUUAGACAAACACGCUAGAGAUAAAAUGAUUAGAUUAGUUGGGGAAAGAUAUGAUGAAGAAACUGAUAUACUUACUAUUGUCACCGAUCGAUGCCCUACAAGGAAACAAAAUUAUGACUAUGGAAUAUACGUUCUCACAGCUUUAUACCAUGAAUCUAAUACCUUUGAAGAAUGGGAAAAAGAGAAACAGGAAGCAGAUAUGGAGCACUACAUCUGGGACAAUAAUGUCUCCAAAAAAGCAUAUGUUGCAUUAGUUGAAUGGCCAAAGAAAGUUUCUGACGAUGAUGUUAAAUCGUUUUCUAUUGAAAACGAUUUGGUGGGACAAAAGUACAAAGAUGCUGUAACAGAAUUAUUAAACAAUGGAGAAGAUACAUAUACAUUGAACAAAUACAAAGAAGCAGUAGUUGGCAUGUUAUUACCUCAAAAUGCCCAGGCAUAACUAGUUUAAAAUUAGAUAUUUAUGUUUAAAUCAUUAUUUUGUACAAUAAUAUUAAAUUUAUUCAGACUCGA